AUGGAAGGUGCCUGUAACCAUGAAAGCCAGCAACGACUCUCAACGUAUCUCCAGUGGCAUCGUCGACUAGGCCAACCCGAGGCUGAAAUGGCUAUACCGUAUCUCACGCAUCUAGGCCUGGAUCAGAUAGUCCUGACUGAUUCAGAUUCGCAUCCGACGCCACGGGCAUCCCCUAUGACAGUGCAAACGACAGUGCAAGCACUGCACAAUACCAUGCACCAGAGCAGGUCCAGGGGAAACCCCAUGAUCGAGCCGUUGAUUAUUGGGGCUGUGGUAUAA